AUGGAUCCAAACCGACGAGUCCUACGCCCCCGCCCACCACCACCACCACCACCCAAGCAGCCUCAAAACACAGAAUCUACAAAGAACGACUCCGAUCUAAUCCCCUCACUUCCCGCAAUCCAACAAAAUUCCUGCUUCCUCUUCACCAUCUUCCCUCCAGAAAUCCGCAACCGCAUCUACACCUUUUCCCUGGAAUCCGAGAAUAUCGACAUCCCCGCAACCCAAAGUCCAACAACAGCCAACAAUGAAAACGACAACAACAACACCACCAACAAUGAAAACCAUAACCAACACAAUACAAACCAACCCACCAUCCACCCCCAUCUCUACCGCCAAAACGCCUUCUACUACCGACCAGGCUACAAACAACCCAAACGCAUCCAAACCGCCCUCCUCCAAACAUGCCAACAAAUCUACAACGAAGCCUCCCUCCUCCCAGCCUCCAUAAACGAACACACAUUCUGGUUCUACCGCAGUCCACCACACGUGAAAGAUGCCAGCUCGCCACUAGGCUAUUUCAGAAAAAUGAGUCCCAAGCAGCGCGCCCAAGUACACCAUCUGCAUUUCUUUACGCAGCAGUUCUUCUUGGAAGAUAAAAAUUGGUCUCGGAUCUGGGAGGGGAUGCAAAUAGGCACUCUCGAUCUUGAUUCUGAUAUUUAUCCAGACGGUGGUAAAAGACAGAGAUACGGCCGGCGCCAGAAUAAUCGAGCUCCAAAAUGCGUCAUCGCACCUAAAAAGAUGACAAUCACGUUCCGCCAUACGGACUGGUGGUUCUGGGAGAACAACGAACCACUCGGUAUAGACCCGUUUCGACCAGGCCGUACCCGUGCAAACGAAAUGGGCCGUCGAAUCGAUCAUUCGCAUGCACACCCAAAUUCCGAAUUGAAACAAGCAUGGGGAAACCAAUUCACCACCAUCCCCAGCCUGGAAGAACUAGUAAUCGAAUUCGAAACCAUCAUGCGGAAAAGAGACCAGUUAGACGCUAUCAUCCAGCGAGCUUUAUCCUGGAAAUUCCCCGUCCAGCCUGAGCUAGAGAAACCGCUGUAUCUCGUUGCUGAGCCUGCGUCGAGGAGGGCGUAUACAUGGAUCGGUGCGGGGGAGGGGGAUUUGAAGAGGCAGCCUCUUGUUGGACGGGCGGAUUUGGAGCCGAGGAGGGCGUUGGUGUCGUGUGUUGUUCGGGGGCAGAGUGUUAUUCCUGCUGUUCCUGUUUUGAGGCCUUUUGAUCCUGAAGCGAGUGCUGGGGGUGCUGGGUCUGGGGGUCAGGCUGGGGGUGAAGUUAAUGCGGAGGAGUUUUAUGUGGUGUUUUUGACUUGGAAGAGGCAGGUUGUUGAGGAGUGA